GGAGGAGGAGGAGGAGGAGGUGGUGGCGGCGGCAGUGGCAGGGUUUCCUUCCAUCAGGGGGCAGCCGGUACAAUGGCGAGCUCGCCCAAUUAUUACCACCAGGAGCAUUUACUACUACGCCGACACUACAACAACAGAGGGGACAAUGAAAACAACCGACGCGCCGCAGACACGGCUGCCAGGAGAAGGACGGUGACAGUGGCGGCGACGACGACAACAACAACAAACACGCCGCCGUUACCGCCGCCGUCGUCGCCGGCGUCAACGGUAAGGGGUGGACACGCGCCGGACUCGGCGCCGCGCGACGGGCUCGCCAGCAACAACAACAACACGGCUCGGCUCGAGCCCGGAGUUCAGGCGCCUCCGCUGCGCGAGGCGGCGGCGGCGGCGGCUUCCAAUGCGCGCGAGACGCUGGCGGCCGGUGGCGACGACGGCGGGGGCGCGCGGGAGCCGGUUGUCCCCGCGGCGCGAGCGGCGGCUGCCGCCGCCACCGCCACCACCUCCACUUCGACGACCAUGGACGGUUACGAGGACGUGAAGAAGUACGGCUACAUGAGGAAGCAGAAGCACGGGCACAAGCGCUUCUUCGUGCUGAAGGGCCAGAGCCACCUGGGUCCGGCCAGGCUGGAGUACUACGACAGCGAGAAGAAAUGGAGAAACCGGUCGACCGCCCCGAAGAGGGUCAUCCCCCUCUAUCAGUGCUUCACGGUCAGCAGGAGAGCAGACGCCAAAAGCAAGUACCUGGUAGCUCUGUACACAAAAGAUGAAUACUUUGCCAUGGUGGCGGAGAACGACCAAGAACAAGAGAGCUGGUACUUGGCCAUAAGUGAACUAAUGAAUGAAGGGAAGAAGACAGUUUUGGAGCCUGAUGAAGUGGAGGAAAACUAUGGCAAUUUUACCCCUGGCACAGUUUUCAAAGAAGUGUGGCAGAUUAACGUGAAGCCAAAAGGGUUAGGGCAGACCAAGAACCUGACUGGUGUGUACAGAUUGUGUCUUUCCAGCAAGAUGAUCCAUUUUGUUAAAAUCAAUUCUGACGUGCCUUCUGUGCAUUUGCAGUUGAUGAACAUCAGGAGGUGUGGCCAUUCUGAGAACUUUUUCUUUAUUGAGGUCGGGCGUUCAGCUUCAAUUGGUCCUGGUGAGUUGUGGAUGCAGGUAGAUGACUCGGUGGUAGCUCAAAACAUGCAUGAAACCAUUUUGGAGACAAUGAGAGCUUUAAAAGCUUUCACUGAGUUUCGUCCCAGAAGUAAAAGCCAGUCCUCUGGGACUAACCCCAUAUCAUUUUUGACUCGAAGACAUCUUGGUAAUUUGCCACCUAGUCAGACUGGAUUGCAAAGGCGUUCUAGGACGGAGAGUGUGACUGGGACUUCUGCAUCCAAGAAUGAGGCAUAUCGUUUUCGAACAUCUAGCGAAGGUGAAGGUACAAUGACAAGGCCCUUUGGGUCUGUUACUGGAAGUUUAAUCCACUUAAAUUCUGCAAGAAUGGGCUUGAGUAGAGGAGAUGGGGGUAGCAGGUAUGUAAAGCCACCAUUUGGCCCUUCAAACCAUAGUAGGUCAGUAUCUCUGCCGGUGACAUACCUACCAUCUACCACAAGCCCUGUAAGUGUUUCUUCCAGUAGUGGGCAUGGUUCAGCAUCUGAUCCCCUUACACGCCCAUCAAGUUCAUCCAUUUGUGGUUCCCCAAGUGAUGGUGGAUUUAUUUCCUCUGAUGAAUAUGGAUCUAGUCCUGGGGACUUCAGGUACUUCCGUGUUCGGAGUAAUACACCAGAUUCACUUGGUAAUACACCACCAAUUCAAGAAGAAAACUGUUUAUGUGAUUACAUCUCAAUGGACAGACAUAUUAAUGCUAUAAAUCCUGAAAGCCGAAUAAGAGAUGACUACAUGGUUGCUGAGAAAGGAUACAGAAAGAGGACCCACUCUCUAACAACCCCUGGUGCUGUGAUAAUGCAUCAAAAAACUACACAGACAACUUCAUCUUUGGAAGAGUCUAAUGUUGAUUCAAACUGUGGGGGUAUUGGUAACCAGCUGUCAUGUUCUGCCUCACCAAAGUUGACCUGUCAUCCUUACCAUGAAGAUUACAGUGAUGUUGAGAUUGGGUCAUCAGUUAACCAAAGCCAAAGUAGACCAAGAGAUGAUGGUUAUAUGCCAAUGAUGCCUGGUGUUGCAUCUACCAGCCAUAAUAGAAAUCAUGAUUAUAUGCCAAUGAAUCUUAAAAGCAUUUCUGCUCCAAAACAAAUUAGUUCUUUACCGGCAAGUCAAAUAGACUCAAGGGGAUACAUGGUGAUGUCCCCAAAUGAUAGCAGCUCUCCAGUACGAAGCAUGUUUACAGAAUAUAGUUCCAAACUAUUGAGCAGCAACAAUGAAAAAUUAUCAAAUAGUGACUAUAUGGACAUGUCCCAAAGAAAUCUAAAUACACGGAAAUUAUCUAGUGAUGUUUUCUAUAAUCACAAUAGUCCUGAAUCUCAAAAGUCUUACAGCUCGUAUUAUUCACUGCCUAGAUCAUUCAAAACUCCUUCACAAGAAAACGGUGAGCAUGAUGAAUAUGUUCCUAUGUGUUCACCAGGAAGGUUGAUGUAUGGGGAGGCAUCGUUAUUUACUGGCAGUAUUACCAACAGUGGUUUAAUUCAUGAAACAUCUCAUUCUCCAAGGACACUUAACCAAGAUGACCGUGUUGUACAGAAAGGCAGGGUUGAAAGACCAACAAGGUUAUCACUGGGCACGCCAGAAGUAAACAGUUUACCAAGACUGUUUGAGCAGAGUUUGCCACCUGAGCCAAAAAGUCCAGGAGAAUACAUUAAUAUUGCUUUUAGUGAGAAAACUAGUAAUACGCCAUACUCGCUUUCUGCAGAAGGAUCCCCUUCUUCUCUUGGCUCCAGCAGUGAACACCGACGCUCUCCGUUGUCAGACUACAUGAGUGUAGAUUUAGAUGUACAGUCACCAAAACCAGCUAUUCUUUCCUCAAAUUCUUUGACUGGUAUGCCCAUUGUUUCAAGUUCAAGUGUAACUAGAAGCCAGCCAAAUGAUGCCUACAUCAGUGUUCCUCUUGGUGCUGCUUGUGUCAACACACCUGCGGAGGUAGAUGACUACACAGAAAUGACUUUUAAUUUGGCGGUAACAGCCACUCAUUCUGCUUCGCCAAAGCCUGACAGUGCAGAGGUGACUAGUCCUACUGCCAUUGUAAAGCGAUUGUGUAUUAUUGAUCAGUAUCCUGGUAUGAAUACCUUUCCUGUCCUUAAUCCUCUCCCUGAUGCCAAUCAUGCUCCAAAGGUGAUCCGUGCUGACCCACAAGGAAGAAGGCGCCACAGUUCAGAGACAUUCUCCUCAACACCCACGGUGGCAUCCUCAUCUCCUUUUUUUGCUGAUGGGAGUAAAAGGCACAGCUCUGCUUCAUUUGAUAAUGUUUGGCUUAAACAAAAUGACUACGCCAGUGAUGAGCACAGAAGUACCAUGUGCAGAAAUACAUCUGCAGGAUUUCAGAAUGGAUUGAACUAUAUUGCUUUGGACUUAAGGGAGGAUCACGGAUGUUGUGAAUCAAAUGGAGGUGUGCAGACUCCAGAUAAACCCCACGUCGCCAGCAGAAUAGAUUCUGGAGGCUAUGCCAGCAUAGAUUUCACCAAAUCCGAUGGGCUGAAGUAUACCUCUACGUCUGAAGAUUAAGUACACCAACGUGAUUAGAAUCCAUGUCAACAGAGGAAAGGGUUGAGUGUACAUUUUCCCAUGGUACCUACCAUGCACUUGUACAACCUGCUAGAUGGAACUGGUACUGUCUGAAGCAGUCACACUUUGCAAGAAUACACACGUACCUGCUAUUUUCCCAUGAACAAGAUUGGGAAAUGUCAACACAUGAAUCUCAACAGGACAAGGACAACAAAUUGCUGCCUUUUUGGUACUUCCUUCAACAAAAAGACACUCUUCCUACAAGUUUCAGCUGAGCAAAAAAGAAAAAGAGCCAUAGCUAAUGUGAACCUAUCUACUGAAACUUUUUAAAUCCAUUUGAAUGUUAAUAAAGUAGUUAAAUGUUCACCAUUUUUGCAAAACAUUUCACAAAUAUGUUUAAAAAAAUCUUUUUAUUAGUGUUCCCCAGUUCAGGCACUAAUGGGCUUUCUUUGACUAGUGCCAUGUGGAGUUAACAAAAAUCGGAAGUGAUUUGUAAGCAACAUUACAAUCAUUUGUGGAACAUCAUGCAUGUUCUGUGGGAUAUUUAAGUAUAUUCUGUUUUACUAUGCACCCAGAUAUGUUAUUUUGGAAGGGUAGCAGUUUUGGGAAAAAUAAUUCUUACAAAGGACUAACAAGUUUUAUAGACCAUUUAUUUAAGUUUCACACCUUUGGAAAAUCAAGCUGGCAUGGUUCACCAGAUCCCACAGCUUUUCAGACCAGCUGUAUAUAGUUCAUUGCUUUCUUCUUCUUUAACUUGUGCUGUUUAAAAACAGUCAUGUUGGAAAUCUUAUGUGGCCUUGAGCCAAGUAGGCCAAAUUAUCAAACCUUGUGAAUGCAGCAUAGGUUGACAAAAAGUUCAAACUUUUGUGGGCAAGCUAACUUCUCUUGUCAGGACAAACUAGGAAAAUAUUUGUAAACCCAUUUAAAAGUUUCUUUUAUCAGGUAUUUGAUAUGUUCACAAUGUCAGUUAUGACUAGACUGACUUCAUUUUGCUAGGGCACUUUUCCUGUUUUUAAAAGCUGCUUUAUUUCACUUUUUAAAUCUAUGGUGUUGUUGAUGGCUUUUGAUCUGCAUAUGCAUUAUGUAAAUGCAAAUGAAAAUCCACUGUCAGUAUCCCUGUCAGAAGCGUCCAUUCAGAAAUGUGCAGAUUGCAUUCUCCCAAAAGUCUUAUUAUGGUGCACGAUUUUAAAAAGUAGUCAUUGACAUUUACAGUUUUCCUCCUUGCUGUCCCCUGGGUUAGUUAAAUUUUUUGUGACACUGCCUUUGUAAUAACACAGAUAUCUCCACAUCCUCUUCUACACAGCUGCAGAGGGAAUGAUGCCAAAUAUAGUCAUCAAUGGUGAUUUUUCUUUUCUGUCCCUUGAUCUAAUCUACUUGCAGUACAAUUUGUGUUUAAUUUGACUAGUGACUGUGAUUUCUGUCCCUGCCUCCCAGUAUCAUUUUUUUUGUCCAAAUUAUAGCAAGGAGCAUUUCAUUUCCUGUGGAUGCAGUUUUGGAUAGCUUAAGUUGAAGUUUUUUUCCCCACUUUAUAUUGAAUGGAGAAAUGUGAAAAGGCUUCAGCAAUUUAAAAAAAAUGUUUGUACUUGGUGUAAACGAAUGUAGCUUUAAUUAUUGGUAUGUGAUGAACUAUAUUUAUUCUGGGUUAGAGGGGUUAAUUUUGGUUCCAAGUAAGACUAUCCAAAUUUUUUUGCAGUCCCAUCCUAAGUACUGUUUAAGAAAUCACAUAAGCAGUGCUUUCAAUAAAGGGUGUAACUGAAAAAGAACUUCAGUCUUACUCUGUAACGUUAGUCGCAAGUGUUACGGCCAAUACAAAUACAAAUAUUACUCCAUAAAAUGGGUGUCAAAAGAUACUCGAUACAACCUGGAUUGUUAUUUAUUAUCAGGUUUGUGGGAUUCAUUUUUGGGUGGUUUACUAAAACCUAUUGUUGAUUUUCCCGUGUUGUACAUUUUCCUGAACAAUUGAAAUGAUUAUUUAUGGUACCAACAGUUUAUGGACCAUAGUGCUACCCUUCAACAGUGUUAAUCUAGUAGAAGGUGUGAAGAAUGCUGGCUGCUUUUAACAGUGGUCUAAAUAAUCAGUGAUAAUCUCCCUGCACAAAUUGCUCCAAGCUACUGGGUUUAGUAUUCAGUUCAUUUGGCCUAUCUGUUUUUCAUAAAUUGUGAGUAUGUUCUUUAAAAAUCAUCCAGCUUUCUAAUGUUAUUUCUGAAAAACAAAAGGUUUUUAUUACAUCCAACUAAUCCAAGUCGAGAAAAGAUAAAGGUGUAUAAAUUUGUCUUUGGUUGCUAGUGCUAAGCAGGCACUAAAUAUUGGCUGCCCAUUGUACUCUCCUACUGAUAUUUAUUUCCAAUUAAUACAAUAGCUCCUAUUUGGUAUGUUUGACCAAAAACAAUUUCCUACCCAUAGUUUCACUGAGGGGAUAAGUCUGAAUAAACACUAAAGUACUGUGUUUGUCCAGUUGAAUAUAAUUGCAUUGAAUUUUUUUUUGAUGAUUAGGCUUUGUUCAUUUUAAUUCACUACUCAGCAUAUGGACAGGAGAAUGACUGGUCGGCUGUCUUAUUACAUAGGAUGAAGGAGUCAAUCAUGCUCUUUAUUUUUCAUUAUACUCCUUGAUCCUAUACUUCCCCACCUAGCUGAACUAGGAAAUUUAUGAAGAUGGUUUUGAUUGUCUGGAAACCUGAAGUGCUUUUGUUAGAAGUAGGGAAUGGAAUCUGUGGAAUUGUUUGGACUCCUUUCAUGCUCAUUGUUGUGCACAAGACAUGUAUAUGCCAGUUUGCUUGUCCCUUUGACCUAUAAGAAUAGGAUAUGGAAAUGGGAGAAGUAUUUUUUUUAAAUCUUUGGGUUCGAACUUUGAAUGAUUGGCAAAGGAUUAACUAAUUUAUGUUAUGCCUAUCUGUAGGAAAUCAUCCAUAUUAAUUUUCUUGCCUUAUUACAGUUUCGUGCUGAAUUGGAAAGUAAGGGAUCUAGCUUUCUACGUAGCAGCUCAGGUGAUUCAUCAUGGGAUUCACUGCAUUGGACAAUAUUUCAGAAUGCCCUAAACAGUUCUUAAUGAGAUUCACUUGCUGUAAGAACUGCUUCUAAAUAUUAAAAUAAAGUGGGGGCAUCAGAUAGUCAAAUCUGAGAUGAUUUUGUUAGUGUUCCCCCAUUCACGUGCUCUUUUGUAUUUUAUAUAUAUAUAUGUUCUCCUGUUUGGAAGAGUGGCUCAAAAAAUAAUAGAUCAAUUAUCAUCUGCACUUUUUUUAUAUAGUAACUUUUAGUUGAAACUAAGCAAGUUUUAAACCUUGGAGGGGGGCAGCUCCUGGAAUGGAUGAUCCUGUUUGAGUCUUUAUUAUGUGCAUUAGUUUAUUUCCCACCUAACUCUCCACUCUCCCCCUCUCUCUCUCUCUCUCUCUCUCCCCCUCCUGCUUUUCUGAAAUUUAAUCUCAUUUAAUUGAAACUGGCAAGCCAGAAUGACUUGCGUCAAAAUUUUUAAAAAUGCUGGAAUGACUCGGCAGGUCAGGCAGCAGCGAUUUAAACCAAGGUGGGAUGCAUCUUCAGCAUUACUUUCCUAAUAUUGAUCUUUUUCCCAACUGAUCAUUACCAAUUACACCAUUUACGAGCAGCAAUAGUGAAGUGGUCUGAAAGCAUAUCGAUUGCAAUGAUUUCUCCAUUAGAAACCUAGACCCUUUGAGGCAAUCUCCAUGGUUUGUGUCAUCCAGCUUGUCGACACUAUUAUUUUAAUUUCACAGAGGAAAUGGAAAAGAGGGGAAAAAAAAGACUAAAAAUCUCAUUUUAAAAAAAAAGCUAGUGAAGAAAUAAAAGGACUGGAAAUUUGACUCUGGUGUUGACAUGGAACAUGAUUUUUGUUUCCAACUGCAAUUGAUGAAAUUAAAUAAUGGGUGCUGUGCAUAAUAGGAAGCUAAUUCAAUGUUGUCCAUUUUGUGCUACCACCAGCGUCUAAUUUCUUUCCUCAGUGGAUUGCAUCUUGAGCACAACUAGAAACAACAACUUGCACGUUCUAGCACCUGCUUUUUCCUGUAAACCUCAACCAGCCACAAAGGAUAAUAAAGGUGAUGUGCAUUAGUAAAUAUAUGCAUAUGUGAACCACAUUUACUUGAGCAGUUCUGAUGGUAUCCUAAAUGAAAGAGAAAUUUUCAAUGAGCAUCAGUAAUACCUUAACCUUUGUUUACUUAAACUCCUUGCUGCUUACGAUGUUUGUAUUGAGUGAUUUUUGGGUCGCUGUGUGAUGAAUUGCAUGGCAUAAGUAAAAGGUGAUAUAGAUGGUUACAGUAAUUAUGAAGUGAGAAAAAUGUUGCCUUUUGCAACAAAGUUGGUUGUUUUAUCUGGUUUUGGAUUGCUGCUAAAACUUAGAUUUUAUGCUAUUGGUACAAUAACUGCUACUUGACCUGUACUAGGGUAAUGCGAUUCUACAGCUUGUUCUAAUGACUGCAGAUUGCACCACUGGUAGUAAAGGUAUGAAUAGUAUGUGCUGACUUUGGACCACAGGUGGUACUAUGUGGAUUAUAAUAGUAAGGUACAAAUUUUAGUUACUGACCCAUCCCAAUGAGAAUUAUGUGGUUCAGUGAUAAUUAUAAACACCAGAUACUGCAUGAAUAUGUAUUAAUAGAGAUAGGAAUACCAUUCUGUUAAGAGGUCUAUACCAACAAAAAAAUUGGGGGUGGGGUGGGGGUGUGGGAUUCACAGCUGCACAUCUAUUGUAAGACCACUAUAGUUCUUAGGGGAUUUACUAUCCUAUAUAGUUUCCUGAAUUUAGUAUAGCUAGAGUUAAUAUUCUAGUACCGAUAGGUACUGAAUGGGAAAAAAAAUGUAGUAGAUCUAAUUGGGCUGGUACAUUUUGGUACUAUUAGGGUUUUUAGAUUUUUUUGGAUAGUUAUGAUAUAGUCAACAUGUGCUGAGAAAGGAAUACCAGGAUCAUCAUGCAGUUUAGUUAAUAAACAUCUAGGUCCUGAAGGUUAUUAGUGCAAGAAACUGAGCACUGGCAACUUGUGUGCUGAUUUUAUACAGUAACCUCAAAAGCCAACUUAUGGCCAAAUAGGUAUGGCAUAUACAGUAUGCAAUGUUUUUUUUUCCUCAGUCUAUAUAGCUUAGAGUUAAAUAAAUUAUUCAGUAUUGUGCUGGAAAGCUAUUUCCGGAUAAAGAUUUACAUAUCAUUUGGUAGGUACGGGAAAAAAAAUUGUUAGUGGUAGAAAGCAACAUAAAAGCAAAUGAGAGAAGGUACCUGCUUCUAUGUCAGGGAAAAAAGCAGCGUGAUGAAGUUACAAAUUCAGGUUCAUCAAGAUAUGUUAACUAUUUUUCUCAGUAUAUUGGUCAGUACCUAUAAUUUCUGUCCAUCAAAAGGCUAUUUCCCUUGCCAUGUAUUGUAGUUGGACUUUGCACAAAUCAUAGAAAAUGAGUUGGGAAGGGUGUGCAUUGUGCAGUUAGUCAUUGUUCAAAAGUAAUUAUGGCUAGUUACUGUAACUUGGAAUGCAUUAAUUUGAAUAUCAGUUAUGAACUAAGGGAGGAGGGGGUGGAAAAGGAGAAUUAGUUUGGGUGGUUUUCACUUUCGCAUACACAGGUACCUUCCCUCAUCUCAUACAUGCAAAAUAAAAGUUGCAUCUUCCAAACAAUAGUAUGCUGCUGUAUAAUAAUAAAAAAAAACAAAGAUGGAGCAAUUGUAUUCCUUUUGUAAAUUAAUUUGACAAAUGGACAUAGUUUUUUUUUUGGCUGUACAGAAAAGCAGAGGGUUGAUACUCUAUAUAUUGCUAUUCCUGCACCACACACAACAGAAGGUUAAAAAUAUCUAACUUUAUCUUGCUGUGUCUUCCACUGUAAAUAUUGUUUAGCAGUUUAAUGUUAAUCCACCAUGUCUGUGAAUGGGAGACUGGCUUAGAGUUCUGUAUAGUGUUUAUAUUUAUCGCAAAUGCUUUCCAUAGAGCUACAUGCAAUAAAAUUGUGUUC